CUUCCCCACUUCCACUGUCUUAUUUCAUCCACACAUUGCUAUACAUGUAGCCACCACCAACACCACCACUCUAAUAACCGUGACUCACGGCUCUUGCCACCGUCUGCCUCCGCACGCUGCCAGUUUACUCCGGCAACAGGUCAAUCAUCUCCCUCUGCUUAUGGGUCCCUAAUAACGUCACCCUACCAAAGCCAUUGCAUUGCUUUUGCUUUUCAAUUUUCUUUUUCCUUUUCUUUUCACGUUAACUUCAACACAAUCCCCACUCUUGAAAACUGUGUCUCACAAUUGAAUUCUCACCGGUAUCUCACAUUCCAUCACAUUCUUCCUUUAACAAGAAAACCAUAUGGAGAGCGAUGUGGCUAAAUGAGUGUUUUUUAAUUAGCUUAUUUUAGUGUAUUUUUAUCAUUAUUAACUAAAUCUUAUUGAAAAAUUACUAUUUCACAUAUACUUUGAAUUAGUAAUAUUUUUCGUUUUUAUAAAAUGAAGAAGUAACAUUUUGUCUAACGGAGGAACUGAAAUUAAUUAACAGUGACUUAAUAUGAAAAAGUAAAAAUCUACUUCUCGUGUAUAAUUUUAGUAAUUUCAAAUAACCAAUUAUAAAAAUAAAAGAAAAGAAAAUCUAAUAAUAAUGUUCUUUAAUUAAAAACGUAAUUAAACAGUUGCAAUAUGAUUAAUGACGUGACAUGGUGAUGGUGCGCACCCUCCUCGUGGGUGGUCUGACACUUCACUUAAUCCAGCAAAGUCACACUAGUCUUAUACACACAGCACGUGUUUCCAAUAUCCAUUCCUAUUUUUUUUUAUCUGUUAUUAUUAUUAUUUAUUAUUAUUAUAAUUAUAUAGAGUCACACUGUAACUGGUCCUACUCACGUUCACUUUCUUGCCACCAUUUCUGAGCUUGACUUCCCUCUCAGUGGCGUCUCUGUCAAAGUCCAACACAAACGCAUCUAGACUGACCCAUGACGCGAAAGGUCUCGAAUUUCUCCGAUCUGAUCCAAAGGGUCACAGCAUCCUGCCUCCUUCAUCCGCUGGCCACCGCAGCCUCCGGCAAGGAGGACGAUAACUCACCCUACGACUCUGAGGAGAACAGGAACGAGGAGUACGAGGAUGAAGAAGAGGAGGAGGAGGAGGAGUACGAGGAAGAGAGAGCGUUGGGACCUUUGAAGGCUCUGAAAGUGAAGCAGAUGGAGGGGCUUAUGGAGGAGGUGUUCGAGACGGUAUCGUCGAUGAAGAGGGCGUAUGUGAGACUUCAGGAGGCGCAUUCUCCGUGGGACCCGGAGAGGAUGCGUGCUGCUGACGUGGCGGUGGUGACGGAGCUCCGGAAGCUGGCCGUGUUGAGGGAGCGGUUCCGCCGGAGCGGGGGCGGGGAAGGGAGGAGGAAGGGGAGGAGGAGAGGUGGUGGGGUGGCGUCGGUGAGGGAGGUGGUGGCGCCGUACGAGGCAGUGGUGGAGGAGCUGAAAAAGGAGGUGAAAGUGAAGGAUUUGGAGGUGAAGAAUCUGAGGGAGAAGCUUGAUAGUGCUGUUGCUCUUACUACUAAUGGGAGUGGUGAAAAGAAGCCUGGGAGGUCCUUGUCUAAGAGGAGGCUGGGAAUUCAAGCAAUUGCAGCAGUACCAACUCCAGAAUUGUUUGAAGCAGCAAUGGUGCAAGUGAGAGAAGCGUCAAAGUCUUUCACAUCUCUGCUGCUGUCUCUGAUGCACAAUGCACAUUGGGACAUAACAGCUGCUGUUCGUUCCAUUGAAGCUGCUACUGCCUCAACUGACAAAUACCACAAUACUUCAACCACAUCCAUUGUCUCAGCUCACCAUGCCAAGUAUGCCCUUGAAUCCUAUAUAUCAAGGAAAAUCUUUCAAGGGUUUGACCACGAGACUUUCUACAUGGAUGGAAGCCUCUCCUCCCUCCUCAACCCUGAUCAGUUUCGACGUGAUUGCUUCACUCAGUACCGGGACAUGAAGUCCAUGGAUCCUACUGAGCUUCUUGGAAUCUUACCAAGUUGUCACUUUGGCAAAUUCUGUUCCAAGAAGUACCUUGCCAUUGUCCAUCCAAAGAUGGAGGAGUCCUUGUUUGGGAACUUGGAGCAGCACAGUCAAGUCCAAGCAGGGAACCAUCCCAGGAGUGAGUUCUACAAUGAGUUUUUAGGGUUGGCCAAGACAGUGUGGUUGCUUCACUUACUGGCAUUCUCGUUGAACCCUGCACCAAGUCAGUUUGAGGCAAGUCGCGGAGCUGAGUUCCAUCAACAGUAUAUGGACAGUGUCGUCAAAUUUUCAGGUGGGCGAGUGUCAGCUGGUCAAGUUGUAGGCUUUCCCGUUAGCCCUGGAUUUAAGCUUGGGAAUGGGUCUGUUAUAAAGGCCAGAGUUUAUUUGAUAGCGAGAACAUAAAAGUUUUUUUCUGAGGGGAAGUUCUUUUUGCACCACUUUUUUUCUGGUUCCGCCGCCUCACUUUUUUACAUUCCAUAAAUUAGUUUCUAGGAUACUAGGAAUUGCUUUUUGAAAUGUAAAAAAGAAAAAAAAAAUAGAAAAGGUGUGAGAGAAAAAGAGGAUGCAAAUAGAAUCACUCUUUAGGGAGUCAUGAUUUGAAAAAACGGAUCACAGUGAGCUAAGUUUUACCUAGCAGGAUUCAGGGCUGUUAAUGUAAUAUGAAAAUUCCGUCGGCUAGGCUAUUGAUUUUCAAGUGAUUGUGUCUGGACGGAAGUGAUUAUGAAAUUGUUCAUUACGAAA